AUGAUCAAACCCUGGGUACCAACAGAUAUUGCAUGUCAGAUGUGCGUGCAGGACUUGACCAAUACACCCAACUGUGAAAACAAUGAAAACACGACAAUGAUGUGUGACGAUUUCACUUGGAUAUCAACGAUGCCCUCUCAUGCUGACAGUGGACAAAGUGAGGAAGGAACAGAAAUAUUCACACCCGAAAACUGUACUCGAUCUCCACCUGCAGCCGACAAACUGCAAGACACAGAGAGAAAGCCCAUCCAAGAAACGUUUAGCUAUUCCGGUGAUACAAACACUCCCACAAUGAGUUUCUACAAAACAAUCAUUGAUCAAAGCACUCUUCACAAAGAAAGAACUAACCAAGAAUCAGCCACAACGAACAAUGGCGCCUCCAAUAUAAUCUUGGAAUCCAAGACACCGCCAAUGAACAGCAACAGCUAUUCCAAUUUCAGACCAUUGCCUCCAGUUCCAAAGAAACAGUUCUAA